AUGUGUUCCCCAAGAACAGAGACAGAAGUCCGAGGAUUUCUAGGAAUGUUGCAGUACAUAAGUAGGUUCAUAGCCAAACUAACUUCUGUGUGUGCUCCAAUUUUCAAGCUAUUGAAGAAGAGUCAGUCAAUGAUAUGGUCUGAACAAUGUCAAGAGGCCUUUGACAGAAUUAAAGAAUAUCUGUCAAAUCCUCCAAUCCUCAAGCCUCCUAAAUCAGGAAAACCUUUGACUUUAUAUCUCUCCAUAGAGGAACAGUCGAUGGGGGCUAUGCUAGCACAAGAAGACGUGGGAUAUGUGGAGCACGCUGUGUACUACCUCAGCAAAAAAUUAAGUGAAAAUGAACAAAAGUACACGAUGAUAGAGAAAAUGUGUUUAGCAAUGGUAUGGCUCACUAAAAAAUUAAGGCACUACUUUAUGACCUACCAAAUCGAUGUGGUAUCAAAGAUUGAUCCUAUGAGAUACCUAUACAAAACUCCUUCUUUAAUCGGAAAGCUUGGAAGAUGGUUACUUUUGUUGUCCGAAUUUGACAUACAAUACAUAUCCAAGAAAGUAAUCAAGGGAAGAGCUGUGGCUGAAUUUUUGGCACAAAAUCCAGUAAAUGAUGAUGAGCCCAUUGACUUUUCUUUUCCAGACGAAGAAAUUGGGUUAAUAGAUAUUGGAAAGUGGAAAAUGUACUUUGAUGGCGCUAUGAAUAAAAGUGGAGCUGGCAUUGGUGUCAUUUUGAUAUCCCCGGAAGGAGAAUGGAUGCCACUAUCCAAAAGAUUGGAUUUUUGGGUGACUAAUAACAUGUCUGAAUACGAAGCGUGCAUCUUUGGGAUGGAAUCUUUGAGAGCAAUAGGAGUUAAACACGUGGAUAUCUUUGGAGACUCUAGUUUGAUGAUUAAACAAGUGAGAAAAGAGUGGGAGAUAAAAGAAGAAAAAUUGAAACCAUAUCUCCAAUAUAUUGAGGUACUCAAGACGCAUUUUGAUGUAGCAGAGUUCAGAUUUAUCCCUAGGGAAGAAAACCAGAUUGCAGAUGCACUUGCUGGGUUAGCAUCAGUUUGGGAAGAUCCGGGAAGAUUGUUUAUCAGGCCUUUAGUGAUGGUGAGAAGUAAAGUUCCUUGUUUUGAGGGGGCAAAAGUAUUGGACAUCACUCGAGAUGAAAAACCAUGGUAUUAUGAUAUUCAAAGAUUCAUGCAAGAUAAAGAAUAUAUGAAAGCUGCUACGAAGAAGAACAAAAAUUUGAUUCGAAAAUUAGCACAACAAUUUUUCUUAUUGCAAGGAAAGAUAUACAAGCGUCAUCAUGAUCUACAUCUGCUGUGUGUAGAUGAAGAAGAGGCAAAGCAACUCAUGGAGGAGGUCCAUUCCGGUAUUUGUGGACCCCAUAUGAAUGGAAAAGAAUUGUCGCGCAAAAUUAUGAGACAAGGAUAUUUCUGGCUGACAAUGGAAGCCGAUUGUAUCCAUUUUGUUAGAAGGUGCCAUAAUUGUCAAAUUCAUGGGGAUUUGAGCCAUAUUCCACCAUCAGAGCUAUAUAGUCUGACCUCACCGUGGCCCUUCUCAGCAUGGGGUAUUGACAUCAUCGGAAAAAUUCAUCCGACUGCGUCAAAUGGUCAUGAAUUCAUCGUGGUCGCCAUAGACUACUUUACACGGUGGGUAGAAGCCAAGUCCUACAAGAUACUAGGGGCAAAACAAAUGGCCGAGUUCAUUGAAACUCGUCUAAUAUACAGGUAUGGGGUUCCACACCAUAUUGUGAGCGAUAAUGGAGUUCAAUUUCAAGGAGAAGUGAGGCAUCUAUUGCAUGAGAAUGGAAUUGAGCAUCAUAAGUCUUCACCCUAUAGACCUCAAGCUAAUGGCGCAGUGGAAGCGGCCAAUAAGAAUGUUAAAAAGAUCCUUGCCAAAAUGGUGGAAACAUAUAGAGAUUGGUCGAAGAAAUUGCCUUAUGCCUUACAUGGAUAUAGGACAACAGCGAGAACGUCAACCGGCGCAACUCCAUAUUCUUUGGUGUUUGGAAUGGAAGCGGUCCUACCAGUAGAGGUCGAAUUGCAAUCACUCAGAGUGGUAUUGGAGGCCCAAAUUCCAGAAUAUGAAUGGGCUAGAGCGAGAUAUGAACACUUGACCAUUUUGGAUGAGAAGAGAAUGCGAGCGAUGUUCAAUAACCAGAUGUACCAAAGGCGAGUUGCCAGAGCAUUCAAUAAGAAGGUCAAAAUAAAUAAGAUAAAAGAGGGUGACCUGGUGUUGAAACAAUCGAGACCAAUGCCAUUUGACCCGAGAGGCAAAUUUCGACCUAAUUGGGAAGGCCCAUACUUGGUUAAGAAAAUUAUGUCCAAAGGGGCUGUCAAACUAUCCGACAUGGAAGGCAAUGAAUUCACAGAGCCGAUCAAUUUGGAUAGGCUCAAAAAGUAUUAUUUGACAUCCAUUACAUCACAAAUAAGAGCUUGUCAUGUUGAAACCCCGCAAAGGGAGACUUUAGCAAAAUUGGCCAAAGCUUGUUGA